UCUUAGAGUGGCGGAUUCUUCUCUGACUAAGAAUUUUUCUCCCUUCUUGGUCUGAGUAGCAAGAAUCGGGCCUCUUUCGCCUUGUUUCUCUCGGUUUUCUGCUCUUUUAUUCCAGGAUUAGGCCGCCGUACCAGUCUCCGCCGGAGGUAUGUCUCAACUCUGAUCACUGACAUCGCAUUCUGUACUUUUAAAUAUUUCUCAACCCCUCAAUAUCAUGGGCAUAGAAUUAGAAAGCCUUCAAGGAUAAGAUGGCAGAAGAUGAUAUCUAUACAAAUGAUGGGACUUUGAAUAUCCACAAGAAGCCUGCCAAUAAGAAGAAAACUGGAAAUUGGAAGGCUUGCCGCUUUAUCCUUGGAAAUGAAUGCUGUGAAAGGCUGGCAUACUAUGGGAUGGGGACCAAUCUGGUCAACUAUCUUAAACAGCGUCUCAAUCAGGGAAAUGCCACCGCAGCAAACAAUGUGACAAAUUGGUCGGGGACCUGCUAUAUUACACCAUUGAUUGGAGCCUUUCUAGCUGAUGCAUAUUGGGGAAGAUAUUGGACAAUUGCUAUUUUCUCAAUCAUCUAUGUCUUGGGCAUGACUCUUCUAACAUUGUCUGCUUCAGUAACCGGACUAAAGCCAGAAUGCAAUGGGGGUGAAUGCCACCCAACAGCAACACAGGCUGCGGUCUUCUUUGUAGCACUUUACACGAUUGCUCUUGGCACUGGUGGAAUCAAACCAUGUGUCUCGUCCUUUGGUGCUGAUCAGUUUGAUGAAACUGAUGAUGCUGAAAGGAAGAAGAAGAGCUCUUUCUUUAACUGGUUUUACUUUUCUGUCAAUGUUGGAGCACUUAUUGCUUCCUCUGUUCUAGUCUGGAUACAAAUGAAUGUGGGCUGGGGUUGGGGGUUUGGGAUACCAGCAGUUGCAAUGGCCAUUGCUGUUGUAUUCUUCUUUUCUGGUAGCAAUUUGUACCGCCUUCAAAAACCUGGAGGAAGCCCACUUACCAGGAUAUUCCAGGUUAUAGUUGCAUCCUUUAGAAAAUUUAAUGUGCGAGUGCCUGAAGAUAAGUCUCUUCUUUAUGAGACUGCUGAUGAGGAAUGCAAUAUUCAAGGGAGCCGCAAGCUUGAGCAUACUGAUAAGUUCAGGUUCUUUGACAAGGCUGCUGUGGAGACAGAAAAAGACCAGAUUAAGGGCAGUGUAGAUCCAUGGAGAGUUUGCACGGUAACUCAAGUUGAGGAGCUCAAGUCCAUUAUCAGAAUACUCCCAAUAUGGGCAUCUGGCAUAGUGUUUUCUACUGUCUACAGCCAAAUGAGCACCAUGUUUGUUUUACAAGGCAACACAAUGGAUCCACACAUGGGUCCUCACUUCUCAAUUCCAUCAGCAUCCCUAUCAAUCUUCGACACUCUCAGCGUCCUCUUCUGGACUCCUGUGUAUGACAAAAUCAUUGUCCCCACCGUGAGGAAGUUCACAGGCGUGGAGCGUGGCUUCACCCAACUCCAACGCAUGGGAAUUGGCCUCGUCAUAUCCAUUUUCUCCAUGAUCGCUGCUGGGAUCCUAGAGGUUGUCCGCCUUGACAUCGUCAAGAGGCACAACUACUAUGACAUUGACGGGUACAUCCCCAUGUCAAUUUUCUGGCAAGUCCCACAGUAUUUCCUCAUCGGGUGUGCAGAAGUAUUCACUUUCAUUGGGCAGCUGGAGUUUUUCUACGACCAAGCACCUGAUGCCAUGAGAAGUACAUGCUCUGCACUCUCACUAACAACAGUUGCAUUGGGCAACUAUCUCAGCACUCUGCUUGUUACCAUUGUGACUAAAAUUACAACAAGGCAUGGGAAGCUCGGCUGGAUUCCAGAUAACCUGAACAGAGGCCAUCUUGACUACUUCUACUAUCUUCUGGCCGUCCUUAGUCUGAUUAACUUCAUCGUGUAUGUGUGGAUCGCAAAGUGGUAUACCUACAAGAAGACAACAGGUCGUGCACAUUGAUACAAACAAGUUACGCCAUUGAUAGAAUCAUGUAUGUCUAGUAAUCUAGUCAAGUUACGCCAUUGAUAGAAUUAUGUAUGUCUAGUAAUCUAGUUCAAUUGUUCAGGCUUUUAUUAUUAUUACUAUUAUUUUCUUAUGGGUUUGGGUUGAUUGUUAGUAUUUGGCGAAGAAGUAUACUUUGUAUUUUUAUAAUUACUGUGUAGUUCUCUCACGAUCUAUAAUUAUUCUCUAGAA